AUGCCUAGCCAGUCACCAACCAGUGACGUGACGAGCUCUACAGGAGAUACUGCAUUCUACUCAGCUCGCAGCUGUGCAGCUUCUACCCCAAUUGACAAAAGACCAAUCCGCAUGGUCACGAGCCCUGGCAACAGAGCCGCAUACCUUGCAGCUGAGGCGGUCCCCCUGGUUACCCCCGCCAGUUUGGCAACUGUGUACAUGGCGAUGAAUGCGGCGGGGCAAACCACCUUCCUCCAAGUUGCCUCCGGGGGCGCAAUGACGAACCGGCCGCUAACAGCCCUUAACCCAGCCGCUGCCCCGUUUAAGCCUGGACAUCUCCAGAGUUCGUCGCCGGACCAUUCUUUCACCACAUCCACUGCUGCCCCUGCCCUCACCACCACAAACUACCCCGCCACACCCAUUCAGCCGGCGAAGUACCACAACCCAACUCCUCGGUCUGCAUUUGUGCGUACCAAGCGGUUAGACCAGGGCCCUGAGCCAUCUGUGGCGGACGUCUACCCGGAGGACUACUAUCGUUCUCCAGGUAAUGUCCAAUUCGGACCUCGGGACUGUUCAGCUCAAAUCCGGGCGAAUCUGCCAUCUUCCCCGCCGGCUUCUUGGGACUGGCGGUAUCAGAUGGAGGAGGACCCUGGUGCCAAGUACGGUAUCUCGAUCGGUGGCCUAGGAUAUGGCACUGAUUGGUUCGCUGGCGCUGGCACAGUCGUCCAGUAG